CUGCUUCCUUUGGUGUGGACGUUCAUUAUUGUUCUCCUAUCUAUAGGACAGUCAGUAGUUGCUAUUCGUGUUAUGUGGAUGAGCUGUCUUUGUUCGCUUUUUUUUUAGCCUGUUAGUAAUUAAUUGUCGAUGAUGGAUUCCAACAUAAUCUCGUUUCAAACGUGUGGCUUCUUUUUCCUCCUUAUUUUCCUGGAUCCCGUGUAUGGAGACAUGAGCUACUCUUUUCCAGAGGAAAUGAAACGAGGGUCGGUUAUUGGAAAUAUGGCCAAGGAUCUCGGGCUGGAAAGGAGCGCGCUCUCUAACAGAAGAGCCCGCAUUGGCAGCGAUGGGACUGAUGAACGUUACUGUGACAUAAACCUGAAUAACGGAGAGUUGAUUGUUGCCGACAGGAUUGACCGAGAGGGGCUUUGUGGAGAAAAGGCUUCGUGCAUCCUAAAAUACGAGCUGGUGCUGGAGAAUCCUCUCGAGCUCCAUCGGAUUAGUCUUCACAUUCAAGAUAAAAAUGAUAAUUCGCCACAAUUUAAGGAAGAAUUUAUAAAUAUUGAAAUUCAUGAGUCGGCAGACAAGGGAGCUCGUUUUGUGCUGGAAGAUGCGCACGAUGCGGAUGUUGGACAGAAUUCAGUUCAGCAGUACAGCCUAAAAAAUAAUGAUAAUUUCAUUUUGUCUGUUGAUGGAAACACAAUAGAGCUUGUUCUUGAAAAGGAGCUUGAUCGUGAAAAUCAGCAAGAGAUUAAUUUGCUCCUCACAGCUUUAGAUGGAGGCUCUCCUCAGAGAUCAGGUACUGUAGUCAUACACGUCACUGUGCUGGAUGCUAAUGAUAACGCCCCAGUGUUUAGCCAGGCCGUCUAUAAAGCCAGUCUGCCUGAAAACUCUCCUGUAGACACUGUAGUUGUCACAGUGAGCGCUACUGAUGCAGACGAGGGAGUCAACGGAGAUGUGACGUAUGAAUUUGGACAUGUGACUGAAGAUUUCAAGAAGAUAUUUAGUAUUGAUAGAAAAGUUGGUGAGAUACGAGUAAUUGGUCCUGUUGAUUAUGAAACUACCAAAUCAUUUGAAAUACGAGUUAAAGCAAAAGAUGGGCUCGGGCUGUCAUCUUAUGCCAAGGUUAUCAUUGAUAUCACUGAUGUGAAUGAUAACGCCCCUGUUAUCAGUUUAACAUCCCUGACUAACCCCAUACCUGAGAACGUGUCACCUGGUGCAGAGGUGGGCAUCAUUAACGUGCAGGAUAGAGACUCUGAGAAUAACAGACAGGUCCGCUGCUCCAUUCAGCAAAACGUCCCUUUUAAAUUGGUUCCUUCUAUUAAAAACUAUUAUUCUCUGGUGACCACAGGACAACUGGACCGUGAACUAGUGUCUGAUUACAACAUAACAAUCACUGCCACUGACGAGGGCUCUCCCCCUCUGUCCUCCUCUAAAACUGUUCAGUUAUCUGUAGCAGACAUCAACGACAACCCACCUGUGUUUGAGGAGCAGUCAUACAGCGCAUAUGUGACUGAAAACAACAAACCUGGCUCCACUUUAUGUUCCGUUACUGCACGAGACCCCGACUGGAGACAAAACGGUACCGUGAUUUAUUCUCUGUUACCCGGUGAGGUGAACGGUGCCCCGUUGUCCUCCUAUCUGUCUGUUAACGGAGACACGGGGGUGAUCCAUGCUGUGAGGACGUUUGAUUAUGAACAGUUCAGGAGUUUUAAAGUGCACUUGAUGGCCAGAGACAACGGUUCUCCUCCGCUCAGCAGCAACGUGACCGUCAGUGUGUUCAUAUCUGAUGUGAAUGACAACUCUCCUCAGAUACUGUACCCCGCCCCGGAGGGCAACUCCUUCAUGACCGAGCUGGUCCCCAAAGCUGCACACGGAGGCUCUCUGGUGUCCAAAGUGAUCGCGGUGGACGCGGACUCCGGACAGAACGCCUGGCUGUCCUAUCAUAUAGUCAAAUCCACUGAUCCGGGACUUUUCACUAUUGGUCUCCACAGCGGAGAGAUCAGGACACAGCGGGACAUUUCUGAGUCUGACAGCAUGAAACAGAACCUUGUUGUGUCAGUGAAAGAUAACGGACAGCCCUCUCUCUCUGCCACCUGCUCCAUGUAUUUACUUAUCUCUGAUAACUUGGCUGAGGUGCCAGAACUGAAGGACAUUUCUUAUGAUGAGAAGAACUCCAAACUGACUUCUUAUCUGAUCAUCGCGCUGGUGUCCGUGUCCACCUUUUUUCUCACCUUCAUCAUCAUCAUCCUGGGUGUGAGGUUUUGUCGCAGGAGAAAGCCCAGACUGUUGUUUGAUGGAGCAGUCGCCAUCCCCAGCGCUUAUCUCCCUCCUAAUUACACAGAUGUUGACGGAACAGGAACUUUACGCAGCGCUUACAAUUAUGACGCCUACCUGACAACAGGUUCCAGAACCAGUGACUUUAAGUUCGUGUCAUCUGACAAUGACAACACACUGCCUGCUGACCAGACUCUGAGGAAAAGCCCUUCAGACUUUGCUGAAGUGUUUGGAGACUGUGAUUCUUCUCCUGAGGUAGGAAUUGUUGUGACUUAAUGUUGACAUCUAUAUUUGCAACAUGGGAUCAAGCUGCUCAGAUAUGUUUUUGCCGUUCUCUUUCUUUAAACAACUAUUUUAGACAAUGUAAAGUCGUGGGAAUAAAUGUAACUUCCUCCCCUGAGGUAGGGACUAUAACCCUAUAAUGAAAGUUGUGUUCAUCGUCCUGAAGUAGCUGGAAUUGUCUUCCCUUCUUUUAUCCAGAUACAUUUUCCCUUUGGAGUGUUAAGAGGUAUAAAUACGUAGACCAACUUCUUUCAAUUACUUAAUUAAAACAAUUUCUAACAUGUUUUCCUUUCUAAUAUUCUAUUCUUAAUGAGUUGCACUUUGAACAGCAGGACAUUUAUUAACUCAAGGCAUUGUUUUUAAUUAAUUGUGUAUACGUCCAAUGCCAUCCUAUUUGUCAUCAUUUUCGUCAACAAAGUUUUUCAGAUUUCAAAAUCGAUUUGACUUCAAGCAGAGUACCAUUUUAGUUUGUGUACAAUUAAGAUGUAACCUUGUGCUCAUUAGUUCAAGUUUUUGUUUAGUGUUCAUUUAUUACAGUUGCUGAUUUUGGUUUUACAUUUAUUAAAUAUUAAUAGAUUCUUGACACUUGGAAAAUGUUGGUUUAGUCAUGGCAAUUUUAUGUUUUCAGUUGAAGUCAGCAGUCUUUUUCUUCUAUUGCAGUAUAUUUU